CAAAAAGGCCAAGAACAAAAACAUGAGUGUUGAAGCUAAGUACCGUGCGGCUUCGCUGUAUGUGGGUGAUCUCCACGAAGAUGUCACGGAGGACGUGCUGUUCAGGAAGUUCAACACAGUGGGGCCGGUGUUGUCCAUCCGAAUCUGCAGGGACCUGAUUUCCCAUCGUUCACUAGGUUAUGCCUAUGUCAAUUUUCUCCAAGUGAAUGAUGCUAAGAAGGCCCUAGAAACCAUGAACUUUGAUGUGAUCGAAGGUAAAUCUAUCCGUCUCAUGUGGUCUCAACGGGAUGCUUGCCUGAGGAAAUCGGGAAUCGGGAAUGUGUUUAUCAAGAAUCUGGACAAAUCCAUUGAUAACAAAACCUUGUAUGAACACUUCUCACCUUUUGGAAAGAUCAUGUCCUCCAAGGUGAUGGCUGAUGAAGAAGGCUCCAAGGGCUAUGGCUUCGUGCACUACCAGGACCAGAGAGCAGCAGACAGGGCCAUUGAGGAAAUGAAUGGGAAACUGCUGAGAGAGAGCACUUUGUUCGUGGCCAGGUUCAAAAGCCGUAAGGAUCGGGAGGCUGAGCUCAGAGAGAAACCCACCAAAUUCACUAAUGUGUAUAUCAAAAACUUUGGGGAUGACGUGGACGAUGAGAAGCUCAGGGAAGUUUUCAGCAAAUUUGGCAAAACUUUGAGCGUUAAGGUGAUGAAAGAUGCCACUGGAAAGUCCAAAGGUUUUGGAUUUGUGAGUUUUGAUAGCCACGAGGCUGCGAAAAACGCAAUUGAAGACAUGAAUGGACAGGACAUAAACGGGCAGACAAUUUUUGUGGGCAGAGCCCAGAAGAAGGUAGAAAGACAGGCUGAGUUAAAGGAAAUAUUUGAGCAGAUGAAAAAAGAAAGAAUCCGUGCACGUCAGGCCGCUAAACUCUACAUUAAGAACCUGGAUGACACCAUUGAUGAUGAAACACUGCGCAAGGAAUUUUCUCCCUUUGGGUCUAUCUGCAGAGUUAAAGUGAUGAAGGAAGCAGGGCAGAGCAAAGGCUUUGGUUUGAUCUGCUUCUUCUCCCCAGAGGCAGCUGCUAAAGCAAUGGCUGAGAUGAAUGGCCGGAUCCUAGGCUCCAAACCCCUCAACAUUGCAUUGGGUCAGAAGCACUGAGACCAACAUGAUCCUACCUCGUAAUCUGAGCUGCAGCUAGGAGAACAAUACUGCUCUCCAUCUAUUGGGUGCUAUAA